GGUCAAGCUCGAACAAGCUCCAAGACCAUCACGGUUCACGAAGCUUCACCAUUGCUUCGCAACAAACUCUCAACUCAACAAUUUCUCGGGCAAACACCAUCCUUCACCAGUUUCCCACCAUGAAGUCCUUCCGCGCCGCCAAUGCGCUCCUGCGCACCAACUCCGCGGCCUCCAAUGCCAUCUCCCGCGCCGCCCCUCUAGUAGCCGCCUCCGGCCCUCCCGCCUGCCAAUGCCUCCUCACCCCGCACGCGACCCUUUCCCAGAGCCAACUGGCCGUCCGCCCUUUCUCGACAACCCCCAUCCGCCCGGGCAAGAAGGACAAGAAGUCCAAGCGCGGCGAGGAAGUUGAAGAGCAGCAGCCCGCCCGCGGCGGCGGUAGUAGCAAGAAGGACAAAAAGUCCGGCAAGAGCUCCUCCGGCAAAGACAACACUCCCGCCGCCGCCGAAGAGUCGUCAAACGAACCCAAAGACCCCAACCGCCCCGUCCCCUCCGCCGAAACCCCCUACGACCUAUCCGACCUGACCUACGCCUUCGACCGCGCCGACAAGCACUACCUGGACAGUCUCAAGACGUUCCGCAACGGCUCGCGCUUCAGCGCCGACUCCAUCGGCGCCCUGCCCGUCUUCCCGGACAAGAAGGACACCUCGCUAAGCUACCCGUUGCGCGACCUGGCCACCGUCGCGCAGGUGUCCGGUUCGGGACGCAAAUGGUCGAUUCUUUGUUUUGACGAGGCCUCUGUCAAGCCCAUCAUGAGUGCUGUGCAGAAGUCUCCCGAUUUCAACCAGCAGCCGCAAAGGAGCGAGGAGAACCCCCUCGAGCUAACGAUUACGGUGGAGCCGGAACGGGCGGAGGAUCUGCAGAAGAGGGUCAAGGAGUUGUGUCAGCAGUGGAGGGAUAAACUGAGGGCGGAGAGCCAUAGGCGCGAGGCGCUGCAUAAGAAGUGGAAGCAGCAGGAGGCGAUUCUGGAGGAUGAUGUGAAGGCGUUGAAGGGGAAGGUGCAGAAGAUGCAGGAUGAUAGGAUGAAGGGGGUGGCGGCGAGGGAGAAGGAGGUUUGUAAUGCGGUGAUGGCUAGGAAGUAGGUGUGAGGAUGGGUGGGUGUCUUCUUGUUUGUAUUACUAUCUUUGUAUUAUGGUUGAGGGCAUUGUUGGGACGGAUUACCCUGCGAUGCCCCCGGAGUCGGAAUACCAUUGGCUUUACUGUAGUUGCAUGCGGUCCCUGAAUUUGAUAUGAACAGUCCCUCGGGAGAAUUUCAUCAUGUC